AUGUGGAAGUUCGGCGUGUUUAUACCCAAAAGAUCGCUUGGAACCAUCACUAGGUUCGACACAAAGAAAUUUGUCCGAUCCUUGCAGGAACAAGGAGGAUUCACCCAAGAACAGGCCGAGGCAGCAGUGGCAAUCGUCAACAGGGCCGUCAACGAUGGAAUCAGCCAGAUAGCAAAGAAUUUGGUGGCCAAAGAGACGUUGAACUCGGUUGCAUACCAGCAGAAGGUGAACUUUGCAAAGUUGAAGGGAGAACUCCAGACUCUGGAUAAGUCUGAGUUUACCAAGCUCAAAAAGGAGCAAGAGGAGCUUCGUGCCAACAUCACCAAUUUACAAAAUCGUCUAAGAGAAGAUAUUGCAAAGAGCCUGGCGGGCGUUCGUCUUGAUUUGAACUUGGAGAAAGGCCGUAUACGUGAAGAGAGCUCUAUCCAUGAGCUGAAGAUUGAAGAUACCUAUACAAGAAUUGAUGAGGAGAUUGCCAACAUGCAAAUGCAGAUCAAGUCUGUGAAGACGCAAGUGAUGCAAUGGUUGAUUGGUGUGAGCUCAGGUACGGCGGCGCUCAUGCUAGCAUUUGUUCGUUUCUUUGGGUGA